UUCUUCAUCUAAAACUGGUGUUUUCCAAAAUCUGUUGUCUUAGUUUUAAAAAGUAAAAAUACACAAAUCAAUGGCUAAACACAUUUCUGUUUUAUAUUAUUUAAUUAUUUUAGUUUUAAAUGUAACAUUACUAGAAAGUGCUCCUUUCAAAGGUAGCAAAACAGGACCUAAAAAGAUGGAUGAAGAAAAGAAACGGUUUAUUGAGCGUGGCUCACAUAAAGGAAAAGGAAUUGCUGUCUUCACAAGUGGAGGAGACUCACAAGGUAUGAAUGCUGCUGUACGUGCUGUAGUACGUAUGGGAAUUUAUCUUGGAUGCAAAGUAUUCUUUAUAAAAGAAGGUUAUCAGGGUAUGGUUGAUGGAGGAAACAACAUUGUUGAAGCUAACUGGUCAUCUGUUUCAUCCAUCAUUCAUAAGGGUGGUACAGUAAUUGGUUCCGCACGAUGUGCUGACUUCAGAGAACGUACUGGCCGGCAGAAGGCUGCCAAGAAUUUGGUGGAAAAGGGGAUCACCAACUUGGUUGUCAUUGGAGGAGACGGAUCUCUGACAGGCGCUAACCUGUUCCGACAAGAGUGGCCAAGCCUCCUAGAUUCUCUGUUGCAGAAUGGUGAAAUCACAAAGGAACAGAGAGAGAAGUACAAGUACCUUCACAUUGCUGGCUUGGUAGGUUCCAUCGACAAUGAUUUCUGUGGCACAGACAUGACGAUUGGAACUGACUCAGCGUUGCAUCGGAUUAUUGAAGCUAUUGAUGCAAUAGUUUCCACUGCAUACUCACACCAACGCACAUUCAUCAUGGAGGUCAUGGGUCGCCAGUGUGGGUAUCUAGCCUUAGUCGCUGCUUUGACGAGUGAAGCUGACUUUGUCUUUAUUCCCGAGUGGCCUCCAGAAAGGGACUGGGCCAACAAGAUGUGUAAAAAACUUCUCCAGGAGAGGGCGGCUGGACAGAGACUGAACAUCAUCAUAGUGGCCGAGGGGGCCAUAGACCGAGAUGGAGUGCCGAUCACAGCAGAGAAGGUUAAACAGGUGGUUGUCGAUAACCUCAAACAAGACACAAGGAUCACAGUCCUUGGCCAUGUGCAGCGGGGUGGCAGUCCUUCAGCUUUCGACAGGGUUCUGGGAUGCCGGAUGGGAGCAGAGGCUGUGAUGGCCCUGAUGGAAGCCACACCAGACACUGAGGCAUGUGUUGUCUCACUUGAUGGUAACCAGGCUGUGAGACUGCCUCUAAUGGAGUGUGUGGAGCGCACUAAAGCUGUGGCACAAGCUAUGGCAGAUAAGAAGUGGGAACUCGCUGUUCAACUCAGAGGAAGGAGUUUUGCACGCAACUUAGAGACCUACAAAAUGCUGACCAGAUUAAAACCUCCGAGGUCAGCUUUCGAUGAGUCUGGUAAAGGAUUGAAUGUUCUGACUAAGCAAGACACAUUGUGGGGUAUGGAAGGCUACACCCUUGCUGUAAUGCACAUUGGUGCCCCAGCAUGUGGCAUGAAUGCAGCGGUCAGGUCGUUUGUCAGGAACUGCAUAUACAGGGGCGACACAGUCUACGGAAUACAUGACGGUGUUGAAGGCUUGAUUGCUGGAAAUGUGCAAGUGAUGAAAUGGUCAGAUGUGACAGGGUGGGUGGGACAGGGAGGUGCUAUGCUCGGCACAAAGCGCACCCUCCCUGGUCAGCGUGUACCGCAGAUUGCUGCUAGGCUCAAGGAGUUCAAGAUACAAGCCCUCCUCAUCAUUGGAGGAUUUGAAGCAUAUCAAGCAGGUAUUCAACUAACAGAAAAUCGCAGUAAUUUCCCUGAGUUUUGUAUUCCAAUUGUAGUCAUCCCGUCGACAAUCAGCAAUAACGUUCCUGGCACAGAGUUCUCUCUGGGUUGUGACACAGCCUUGAAUGAGAUAACAGAAAUAUGUGACAGAAUCAGGCAGUCAGCACAAGGUACCAAGCGCAGGGUGUUCGUUAUAGAGACUAUGGGAGGCUAUUGUGGAUACUUGGCUACAGUUGCAGGGCUUGCUGGAGGAGCUGAUGCAGCUUACAUUUAUGAAGAAAAAUUCUCUAUAAAAGACUUGCAACAAGAUGUAUACCACAUGGCUUCCAAAAUGGCUGAAGGUGUUCAAAGAGGUCUCAUUUUAAGGAAUGAAAAAUGCAAUGACAACUACAACACGGACUUCAUUUAUAGACUGUAUUCUGAGGAAGGAAAGGGAUUAUUUAGUGCCAGAAUGAACGUUCUAGGUCAUAUGCAGCAAGGUGGGUCACCAACCCCGUUUGACAGGAACAUGGGCACUAAGCAAGCAGCUAAGACUGUGGAGUGGAUGAUCGAACAACUCAAAAAGUACACAAAGGAAGACGGAACCGUAUUCGCUGACUCUCCCGACACUGCUGUUAUGAUGGGUGUAGUCCGUCGACAGUACAGAUUCACUCCCUUACUAGAAUUAAAGAAGGAGACAAAUUUCGAACAGCGCAUACCUAAACACCAGUGGUGGUUGAAGCUGCGACCGCUACUGAGGAUUUUAGCAAAACAUGAUAGUGCCUACGAAGAGGAAGGCAUGUACAUGACUGUCGAGGAAGGCACUGGAACUGACUCAUUAGUUCUGUAAGAUUGGACUUGAAGACUAUAAUAAGUAGAGUCAAUAACUGUAGCCCAUAGUAAUACCAUAACAAGAGUAAAUGUAACUCAAAAGCUAGUUUCUAAGAACAAUAUAUGGUACACAUUGUUAAUUUUCAGUUUGCUUUGGUUAUAGUUUAAGGUGUUUUAUUUUAAAUAAUGUUCUCCGGUUGGUUUCAAGUUUGUAAAGAGGUCCCCUAUAUAAAUCAUUAUGGUUUAAAUACGACUAACAUUUAAAUUAGGUGACAUAUUGUGGUAUUUCAAUAAACCAGACACAAACUUAUUUUAUUUUGUAAUAAUGUUGAAAAACUAGAAGUGUAAUGAACCAUAAUUGAGAAAUGUUUCAAUCAAUAGUUGUCACUGAAUUUAAUUUAUGAAACAUGUGUUGAUUUUCUUUAAUUAUA